GGAAAUUGUCAUUCAAAACUAGCUACAGUUCAUAAAAAAUGUAUUUAAACAUUCAAGGAGACGUUACGCUUCACUUUAUACAUAUUGAAAGCAUAAUAUAUUCGUUAUUUGUAUCAUUUAUAUGAGAGUUGGGCCAGAGUAUGAUGUGUUGCUGGAGGUUUUAGAGUUGUCAGUGAGAUGUAAACAUGUUCGCAUGUGCUCUCCUGUGCUGCUAGAUGAAAUCAGGCGUGCUGCUGCUAAACACAUCACUGCUGUUAUUUCUCAUUAUGACUCUGCCUGCUUUGCAGAACAGCGGUGUGUUCUACAGGCGGAUCCUGAGUCAGUUUCCUCAGGACAUCAGUCUGGCGUUCGCUUAUAAAUGUGCUGUGUUCAGACAGACUGGAACCACUCAAGGGCAGAUGGGGAAAAACAUGCUGGACUUUGUGUUUGCAGUGGAUGACCCGGUCACAUGGCACACCAUGAACCUGUUAGAGAACAGGAAACAUUACUCUUUCCUUAAGUACCUUGGUCCAAAACAGAUAAGCAACAUACAGAAUGACUACGGAGCUGGGGUCUACUUCAACACACUAGUCUCUGCUGAUGAUAGGGUGAUAAAAUAUGGUGUGAUAAGUACAGAUACUCUAAUUGAUGACUUACUCCACUGGAAUACCCUGUACAUUGCAGGCAGAUUACACAAACCUGUACGGAUUAUGCUCCAGAAUGAGAUUGGAAAACUGCGGACUGCUCUUGUAGGGAAUCUGAAAAGCGCAGUGAUUGCGUCUUUUCUUAUGCUUCCGGAAAGUUUUUCAGAAGAAGACCUUUUUCUCCAGAGAGGACUGUCCUACUCUGGGGAUUUCAGGAUGGUGAUUGGUGAGGAUAAAUCCAAGGUUUAUAACAUUGUAAAGGACAACAUGCAACAUUUCCAAAAGUUGUAUAACAAUAUUCUUCAAGAGUGCCCGCAGGUGGUGUACAAGCCUCAACAGGGCAGGCUGGAGGUUGACAAGAGUCCAGAGGGUCAGUUCACACAGCUCAUGGCUCUUCCAAGAACUUUACAACAACAGAUCACCCGUCUGGUUGAUCCACCGGGAAAGAACAGAGAUGUGGAGGAGAUACUGCUGUAGGUGGCCCAGGAUCCAGACUGCGGCUCCGUAGUACAGCAGGGAAUUUCAUCAAUAGUAAAAACAUCUAGUUUAACACAAAGUGCCAAAGGAAUUGCCACAGCUGGUCUCCUCAAAACGGUGUCAUACAGUGUCAAAAAGCUGCAGAAGAUGUGGAGAGGCUGGCGGAGAAAACUAUCAUGAAGUUGCUUUGCAUCCCUUUAUAGAGCACUCUUCUAAUGACUGACAAUUCUUUAUAAACACAAUUCGCAGUACUGAUAUUACACCUGUGUGCAUAUAGACUAUGUAAAAUAGUGUUAUUUACACUUGGCUUUUUCACAGAUCCUUCAUGUAUUUAUUGAAAUUGUGUAAUUGUGUUAUGAAAUCUGUGUUGUACGUUUGAAAUAAUGACUAAUUUUGAAGUCUUGUUGGUCACCCUCUGCAUUGAAGCACUGUGCUGUAAACAUUUGUGACAUCUGAUUUCCAUUCUUUAAGAAAGAAAUGUACAGUAUU